AUCGGGCUAUUCACGGCGUUUCUUGUCCUUUCACUCCUGCUGCAGUUUAUUAACACUCCCGACGCCCCCCCUCGCCUUGACACGGAAUACAGCGAGGUUGUGUGAAUUGCAGCGGGACUGAAAGACCAGGCAGUAACUGGACUGUGGUUAGAUUAGAUAUGUCCAUGCGUGCGUCCUGGCCUCACGGCACUGAAGUCCGGAGCGGCACCAGGAACGACUAUGGAUGGCCCAUCAUUCCGAAGUGGAGCGGAUUUAGUUGCUGAGCUAGCCGGCUGCCUGCUGCAGUACCGCAGUGGUGCUGCACCCCCCCCCCCCGGAGGAAUUGCCGAGAAGACCCGGUGGGCCCCGCUGAGCAAACUCAGCUGGUGUGCCGGUUAUCCUCACUGCCGAGACCUGCAGUGCUAUUGCUAUGUCCCUGCCGACGGGAAGCAGACGGUCCUCCACUGGCUCUCGAAGCCGUGGGUUUUAUGGAAGGAGUGGCUUGGCCUCGUUCUUUAAGUCUUCAGCACCCCCUGCCACUCUGACCGAGAAACAGCCUCUUCUUCCUGCCUCCAGGCGCCCCUCUCCCCCCGUCAGCAUGCGGGACACCUACGGCACCUCUUCGCUGAGCAGCAGCAGCAACUCGGGCUCCUGCAAGGGCAGCGACAGCAGCCCCACCCCAAGGCGGCCCAUCAAGUACAGUCUGUGCAGCGAUAACCAUGGGAUAAAGCCCCCCACUCCUGAGCAGUACCUGACCCCCCUCCAGCAGAAGGAGGUCUGCAUUAGACACCUGAAGGCCCGGCUGAAGGACACCCAAGAGAGACUCCAGGACAGGGAUACUGAGAUUGAGGAUCUGAAGACCCAGCUCUCGAGGAUGCAGGAGGACUGGAUCGAGGAAGAGUGCCACCGUGUGGAGGCCCAGCUGGCACUCAAGGAGGCCCGGAAGGAGAUCAAACAGCUGAAGCAAGUGAUUGACACCGUGAAGAACAACUUGAUAGAGAAGGACAAGGGCCUUCAGAAAUAUUUUGUGGAUAUCAACAUCCAGAAUAAGAAGUUGGAGACUCUGCUGCACAGCAUGGAGAUAGCACAGAAUGGGGCUGUGAAAGAGGAAGGGGCUGGGGAGUCGGCGGGGGGCUCUCCAGCCCGGUCACUCACCCGCAGCUCCACCUACACCAAGCUGAGUGACCAGGCAGCAGGGGACAGGAACGCUGGGGACUCACAGACCCUGUCAGCUGAGGAGGUGGCGGACAGUGGCUUCGUGGCUGCAGAUGACUCGCUAAGCCGGAUGGACUUGCUGGAGCAGAGCAGCCUGCUUUCAUCAGGGGUAGAGUUCUGCACGGAGGAGGGGUCUCUACAGAGCUCUUUCACACUGGGCUCCAGACUUCCCACCAGCUCCACCUAUGAGAAACUGAUGGGUACGCAAGGCAGCGUGGAGGCUGGAGUGCAGGCAAGCUGCAUGCAGGAACAGGCCAUCCAAACUGACUUUGUGCAUUACCAGCCGGACCUGGACACUAUCCUGGAAAAGGUCAUGAAGUCCCAGGUUUGCAGCCGGGGCAGCCCCACUUCAGUGUGGGUGUCCGAAAUGGAAGACAUCGUGCCCAGCUCCGAGACGCAGGCCCUGAACUUCUCCGGGACCACGGACUUGAUGGCGACUGAACCCAACUCCGCUGUGGUUGUGACUGCAGGAGUUGGGCCAGAGACUCCGGAGGGGCAAGAGGGCUUCCCAGACCUGGUGACCAACAACCCUGCUAUGCACCAGCCCUCUAGCACUAGCCAGUCGAUGAGCGUCGUUUGCACCCUGGAGGAAGACGCUGGCGAGCUGAGCCAAGAAGCCACAGUGCCAAAAAGCUACUGGAGCCGCCAUUUCAUUGUGGAUCUCUUGGCCGUGGUGGUGCCGGCAGUGCCCACGGUAGCCUGGCUGUGCCGUACUCAGCGGAGGCAGGGCCAGCCCAUAUACAAUAUCAGCUCGCUGCUCCGCGGGUGCUGCACGGUCGCUCUGCACUCCUUACGGAAGAUCAACUGUCGCUCUGUUAGCAACAUGGGAGGUAGCGGCGGCAGCUCCCAGCCAUAACUCUCCUCUUCCACCAACCAAACACAUUGCACAUGCUUCAAGAUCCGAUGUUGUGAAACGAUCAGAAUUUAUCUGACCGCUGAUUGUAAAUUCCAGACACACAAAAUGUUCGUUUUAUUUAUUUGAAGUACAUGGGCAGCUUGACAUCCUCUGAUCUGCUGCAGCUAGAAUAUGCAAUUCCAGGGGGCUUGCCAGGGGCCUGAGGAAAAUGAGCUUCUGGGUUUGCUUUGGCUUCUGAGAUGUUUGAGGAAUAAAAGAGGCCAAUCCUGGAAGAGCAGAGUUGGGGGGGGCACCCCAGCCUCCAUGCUGAAGGACAGUCGCCCAGCAGGUGAUGUAGCUGAUGGAUUUUGCGCUGUGUGUAGCACAGAUGUGUGUGUAGCACAGAUGUGUACAUGCAGUGUGCGUCUACACAGCGGAGCCCCCUGCGGCAGCAAGUCUCAGAGCCCGGUCAGCGGACUCAGGCUCAUGCUGCAGGGCUAUAAAUUGCAGUGUCGACGUUCUCGCUCAGGCUCUGAGGCCCUCUCCUCACCCGGUAUCAGAGCCCGGACUCCAGCGCAUCCCCAUCAUCUGCACUGACUUUUUUGAACCUGCUGCAGAAGCCUGAGUCAGUUAACCUUGUACUCUGAGACUUGCUGCCAGGGGACUCUUUUUGCUGUGUAGACGGACCCAUGGUCACUUCAUCUAGGGAGACAGAGCAUUGCAAGCCCUUCCCUGGACUAAUGGAUCCCCUCCACCCCACCCUGCCUCCCCUGACUAGUCCACUUCUGUUGUUCCCUCUGGCCAUGGCAGGGUCAUUUGAAAGGCUAAUUGCCCAACUGGCCUUUAAUUGCAUUGGACUUGUUCCUACAGUGGUUCCUGAGUCCCAAGAGGAAACCACCACACCUGCCGUCAGUGCGAGAGGAGGCCUGCAGGUCAAACAGAGGGAGGGAUAGCUCAGUGGUUUGAGCAUUAGCCUGCUAAACCCAGAGCUGUGAGUUCAACCCCUGAGGGGGCCAUUUAGGGAUCGGGGGAAGUUGGGGAUUGGCGCUGCUUUGAGCAGGGGUGUUGGAUUAGAUACCUCCUGAGGUCCCUUCCAGCCCUGAGAUUCUCUGAGUCUCUGAAACCCUGCCCAGGGCUCUGAGGACACAGGUUAAUGGCUGUAGCUGUCAAGUGAGAUUGCGUGCAGAGACUCAUUUUAACGUGCAGAGAACAAAGGGGAAAUCAAGAAGGCAUGGGCAGGAGAGAUGGAGACAAGGGCUAGAAUGGGGCAAGUGCCUCUCUGGAAUAGAUGUCCUUAUUCCCAGCAUGCUUUGCAGAAUAAACAGGGAGAGGCCUGAAUUCCCAGUUUGCAGAGAGGAGUCUAGUCUCAAUCGGUGUGAGAGCCGGUGCAGAACUUCUAGGAGCAGGGGUGGAGCAACGAGGGUUGCCCAGGUCUGCUCCCUUUGCCCGCAGGAGAGUCAGUGACUCAGAAUCCCUUCCCCCAGAGGACGGGGUCAGAGGACAGAGUGAACAGAUGCUUGCCUAUACAUUCACUUUGGAAACCACAUGAAUGUCACUCCCUUGUCUUUGUCACCUCCUGGGGAUUUGGACCUGUUGGUUCAAGUCCUGCUUUGCUGACCCAGUUCUAAAAUUUUUGCCUCCUGGAGGAGGUGACAGUAAGGGCCUGGUGGCCAAGGAAGAGAAGCCCGAUAUACCUCAUGUGAAUCUCCAGAGCCACCUGCUGCAUCUCUGUGCAGUAUUACAUAGGCACCCAGGUUGCCCAUGGGGAGAACUCCUUAAAUUCUGUAUCUUUCAUUCCAUGCUUUGCACUAUGUUCACUUUUUGCAAACGGAAGCUCCCUUGUAGAGGUUUCUCUGCUGCAGGUUUGAAUGACAGGCUGACAUCUGCGCUGCUGGCAGAGUCCUGAAAGGGUUACAAGGACGAACCAAGGCCCCGGAGUCCUUUGCUGCUGCUCUGCUUCCAUCCCAGCUCUUCGUCCUGAGGCCGGGAGAACAGCUGGGGUUUCCUCAGCCCGGAGCAGUACUGGAGUGUCUGAUAAGAGUGCAGGGGGGAGUGUUUUGGUUACGCUAGCAGUGGGGGGCGUCUGGCUGCCCAUCGCUGCAGAGCUUUCGGUGCUGAUUCUGAAAGCUGGAGAUGCCUGGAACUGGCAUGGAGAGUUGUGGGGACAGAACAGAGAAGGCAGAGGGCCAUGCGGAGCACAGGGAGAGCGUAGCCCUGGUCUCUGGAGGCAGCUUGUCUAAAACUCAGGCUGGCAGAAAACGUCUUUCAAGUGAAGGUGGCCUCCGGAAAUGCCUUUAAAAGCCAAAUUUCACUGCAGAGAUCGAUCAGCUGGGGACAAAUGCCUAGAGAAAAUGAGGCCUCAUCCAAACCAUUUCCUCUAGACGUACAGCACAAGCCUGCUGGCGUACACUCCAGUGCUCUGACAGGUAAUCGGCUUGGGGUUAUCUGCAGUGUUCGGCCCUGAGAGCAGGGCCGGCGCUUUCAUUUAGGCGGCCUAGGCAAUCACCUAGGGCGCCAGGAUUAUUGGUGGGCGGCGUU